ACUACCGAUGGCUGAGUCCUCCUCAACUCCUCCUUUUCCCCGCCCUAUGACGUCAGUCCUGAUGACUGUGGGGUCCCGUCAGCCAUGGGAAUCUAACCACGAACGGAGCGACCACAGUGUUAGGAGGUGGAGGAAUCGUUUCCCUCACUAGGGGGAUACACUUGAACGAAAGAGGCCGGCGGGAGGGAGCUGUUAGCCCGACUGUGACAUUCUGGUCAAAGAUCUCUCAAGAUAGACAGUUUACUGGAUUAUUUUACUGUUUCCACAUUUGUGUCAUUAUGACUUGGAGGUUACCUGGCACUUAAAAUUAACCCUCUGCAUUUGUAUGUAUUGGUGGCACAAAGGCGUUUUUGGGGGCUACUUUGACAAGUGUGAAUAUUUCGAUCCAUUUUGAGGUACUGAAGGAUUGACUCUUGCAAAUCAUGAGCUCUCAAAGCCAUCCAGAUGGACUUUCUUGUCCAGAUCAGCCAGUGGAACUGUUAAAGCCAAACAGAGUUAAUCAUUUACCCAGUGCUGUUGAUGUAAGCACAACGCUGCCCCUCCAAGUCACAACCAGUGCAGUCCCCAUGGACCUUCGGCUGGAUCACCAAUUCUCCAUACCACUGGCAGAAUCCACACUCCGGGAACAGCAACUUCAGCAGGAGCUCUUGACUCUGAAACAAAAGCAGCAAAUCCAGAGGCAGAUUCUUAUAGCAGAAUUUCAGAGGCAGCAUGAGCAGCUCUCACGCCAGCAUGAAGCACAGCUACACGACCACAUAAAGCAACAACAAGAACUGUUGGCCAUUAAGCACCAACAAGAGUUGUUAGAACACCAACGGAAACUUGAGCAGCACAGGCAGGAACAGGAGAUGGAGAAACAGCAGAGAGAGCAGAAACUACAGCAGCUGAAGAACAAGGAAAAAGGAAAAGAAAGUGCCGUGGCAAGCACUGAAGUAAAGAUGAAGCUGCAGGAGUUUGUGCUCAAUAAAAAGAAGGCAUUAGCACACCAGAAUCUUAAUCACUGUAUAACCCAAAGUGAUCCCCGCUUCUGGUAUGGGAAGACGCAACACAGUUCUCUGGAUCAAAGUUCCCCACCGCAAAGUGGAGUCAGUGCCACAUAUAAUCAUCCGGUCCUGGGAAUGUACGAUCCAAAAGAUGAUUUCCCACUCAGAAAAACAGCAUCUGAACCCAACCUUAAAGUACGCUCUCGACUUAAACAGAAGGUUGCAGAGAGGAGAAGUAGCCCUUUAUUACGGAGGAAAGAUGGCCCAGUGGUAACUGCACUUAAAAAACGCCCACUGGAUGUUACAGAUUCUGCUUGUAAUAGUGCUCCUGGUUCAGGACCAAGCUCUCCCAAUAACAGCUCCAGCAAUGUCAGUUCAGAAAAUGGACUCACGGGAUCAGUAAACACCAUAUCAGCUGAGCCUAGUUUAGCUCAUCGAUUAGUGACACGAGAAGGUUCUGUGACACAGCUGCCUUUGUAUACCUCACCUUCCCUACCAAACAUCACUUUAGGGCUACCUGCAACUGGACCAUCAAGUCCUGUGUCCGGGCAACAAGAAGGUGAGCAUAUUGCACUUCCAGCUUUACAACAGCGUAUCUCCUUAUUCCCCAGCAGUCACCUCACGCCUUAUCUGAACAGCAGCAGUUUAGAGAGGGAUGGAGGAACAGCACACAAUCAACUGUUGCAGCAUAUGGUCCUUCUGGAACCCUCACCUCAGCAGAGUCCUCUGGUGCCAGACUGGUAUCUUUCAGGACUUGGAGCACUGCCUCUCCACACGCAGACGCUGGUUGGUUCUGAGCGGGUCUCGCCUUCAAUACACAAGCUGCGACAACAUCGCCCACUGGGACGCACGCAGUCAGCACCCCUUCCACAGAAUGCACAGGCUCUUCAACAGCUCGUCAUCCAGCAACAACAUCAGCAGUUCCUUGAGAAACACAAGCAGCAGUUCCAGCAGCAACAACUUCACCUUAAUAAGAUGAUUCCCAAACAGAAUGAGCAAGCUCGACAACAUGAAAGUCAUCCAGAAGAGACGGAGGAGGAAUUGCGAGAACACCAUGCACUGAUAAAUGAGUCCUAUGUAGACCAAAUUGGAAACCAAAACGAAGUACCAGCAAGAACUGUGCAGGUGAAACAGGAGCCAAUUGAGAGUGAUGACGAGCAGGAGAAUAUGGAGCAAGAACUAGAACAAGGGAAGAGGCAAACAGAACAGGACCUUAUUUUUAAACAGCAAGCCCUCUUAUUGGAAAAGCAGCGCAUCCACCAACUGAGAAACUAUCAGGCAUCUCUGGAAGCAGCAGGGAUCCCAGUCACAUUUGGAGGUCAUCGACCACUGUCUCGUGCACAGUCCUCACCUGCUUCUGCAUCUUUCCCCAUGUCUGUGCAAGAGCCUCCUUCUAAACCAAGGUUCACAACAGGACUUGUUUAUGACACCCUUAUGCUAAAACAUCAGUGUAUCUGUGGAAACACCAACAGCCACCCCGAACAUGCUGGGAGAAUACAGAGUAUUUGGUCUCGAUUACAGGAGACAGGACUUCGCACCAAAUGUGAGUGUGUUCGGGGAAGGAAGGCAACACUGGAAGAACUGCAGACGGUUCACUCCGAAGCUCAUGCUCUGCUUUAUGGUACCAAUCCUCUGAACAGACAGAAGCUGGACAGUUCUUUAACAUCAGUGUUUGUGAAGCUGCCUUGCGGUGGUAUUGGAGUGGAUAGUGACACAAUUUGGAAUGAAGCACAUUCAUCCAGUGCUGCACGCUUAGCUGUGGGCUGCGUCAUUGAGCUGGUCUUUAAAGUUGCUUCUGGGGAACUGAAGAAUGGAUUUGCAGUUGUACGACCUCCUGGACAUCAUGCAGAAGAGAGUACACCUAUGGGGUUUUGUUACUUCAACUCUGUGUCGAUUGCAGCUAAACUUUUACAGCAAAGACUAAAUGUAAGCAAGAUUCUGAUUGUGGACUGGGAUGUUCAUCAUGGAAAUGGGACCCAACAAGCAUUUUACAGUGAUCCCAGUGUUCUGUACAUUUCAGUACAUCGUUAUGAUGAUGGUAACUUCUUCCCAGGAAGUGGUGCACCAGAUGAGAGAGGAGCAGGACCGGGUGUUGGCUUCAAUGUUAACAUGGCUUUCACUGGCGGUUUGGAUCCACCCAUGGGGGAUACUGAAUACAUGGCAGCAUUCAGGACAGUAGUAAUGCCCAUUGCCAAUGAAUUUGCACCAGACGUGGUACUUGUAUCAGCAGGCUUUGAUGCAGUAGAAGGGCAUCCUGCACCUCUUGGGGGAUACAAAGUGUCAGCAAAAUGUUUUGGGUACCUUACCAAGCAGCUAAUGGGUCUAGCUGGAGGCCGCCUUAUACUAGCCCUGGAAGGAGGUCAUGACCUCACUGCUAUUUGUGAUGCAUCUGAGACAUGUGUUUCUGCUUUACUGGGAAAUCAGCUUGAGCCUUUUCCAAAUGAAGUUCUACAUCAAAGGCCGAAUUUGAAUGCUGUUCGCUCAAUGGAGAAUGUCAUUGAGAUACACAGCAAAUACUGGAGUUCUUUGAAACGACAUUCCUCCACAGUGGGAUUCUCUCUAGUUGAGGCACAGAAGUGCGAGAGUGAAGAGGCUGAGACAGUGACUGCUAUGGCCUCUUUGUCAGUAGGAGUCAAACAAACACAGAAGAGAUCCGAUGAUGAACCAAUGGAAGAAGAGCCACAUUUGUAGCAGCUGUCUAACAUAGGAUUUCUCUCGCCUUUCUUCAGAGAACUUUGUUUUUCGUACUACUCCUGUGUCCUCUUAAGGUGUUCUUCCAGAAUGCGAGGACAAAUGGAUGUUUGAAAAAUAUACAGCUUCACAAGGCUGGCUGGAAAUGGACCAUUACUAAUGGACCAUUACAAAUGAAUCAAGAUGCUGAAAAAGGCCAUUUCUCUGUUCAUAAGAUGUUGGGGGUGAAUAGCCAGUGAGCAAGCACUUUGGCACAAGAUGCCAAAAAGCAAGUUGUGUUUUAGAAAGCAAAAACAACCUCAAAAAUGGUGCUGUUUGAGUUCACAUAUCCACAGACCAAGAGUCUCGGACAGUUUAUACCACUCAUUAUACUUUCUGGCAAUUAUUUUUUUAUUUUUAUUUUGUAACUUGCAUAUACUGCAAGUCCAGAAAACUCUACAUUGUCUUUUUAAAAGAACUAUGUGAUUUGUUUUAUUUUUUAUUGAAAGAUAUGUGUGUAUGGUAUGCGUGUGUGUGUGCACGUGAGAGAGG